AUGAAAAAAUAUGGAUUAACUUCAAUGGAUUGCUUUUUAAUGACUAUAAUAGCAUUUAUAAGUCUAGGAGUACGACUUUAUAGGCUUGGACACCCUUCACGAGUUACUUUUGACGAAGUUUACUUUGGAAACUUCUCAAACGCAUAUAUCAAUCGCAGCUAUUAUAGUGAUAUCCAUCCACCUCUAGGAAAAAUUACAAUGGCACUGGUUGCUUGGGCAACAGGUUACCCAGGAAAUAUUAAUUUUGGAAGAUCAAGUAAUUAUAGAGAUGAAGAAACUAAUUAUGUCAGUUUAAGAAUAACUCCAAACAUUUUCGGAUCGUUUUGCUCCGUUUUAAUUUAUAUUGCACUUAGAAAUCUUAAUAUAAAAUAUUUUGCUGCAUUUACAGGAGCUUUGAUGGUUGCAUUAGAACAAUCAUCUAUUGUAGAACACAAAUUUAUUCUUUCCGAUGCAAUGCUUCAUUUCUUUUCUUGUUUGCAUAUUUGCGCUUUUACCUAUUUUAUUAAGCAUCAAGAUUUUAUCAGUACUUUCAUUGCAGGAAUUACUUUAGGCCUUGCCAUAUCUUGCAAGCUUACAGCUCUUGGUUUAAUUGCAUUAGAUGGAAUAACUCAAAUAAUUUGGAUAUUUACGGAGUGGCCAAAUAUCAUAAAGAUUAUUAACAGAGCAUCUACGCUAUUGGGACCGGCAAUUACCGUAUUUUUCUUUUCAUAUGUAAUUCAUCAUGAUAUUUUAAUGUUUAGAGAUCAUACUAACACAUACCACGAAGACCACUUUAGACAAUAUUUACUUUUGCGUAACGAUCUAAACAAAACAUACAAAGCUAAUCGAAUUAUCGGAAGAAGUCAUAUUUUAACAAUAGUUAAAGACUUAUUUAACACGCACAAAAAUAAUAUGCGUAUUACUACACCACAUCCUUGGAGUUCGAUGCCAAUUAACUGGCCAUUGCUUUUAGAUCGUUAUGUUUUGUUCUGGGUCGGAGAAGGUACUUCAAUUAAAUGCCUUGGAUUACCAGCUGUCAUAUGGUCCACUACUUUCUUCAUUUUCUUGACUCCUUUCUUUGGUAUUUUCCGUAUUGCCGACUAUUCAGUGCUUUACACAUUCCUUGGCUGGUUAUUUUCGUAUCUACCUUUUGUUUUGGUCCCGAGAGGCAUGUUUAUGUACCAUUACAUCGUUCCAAUGAUGUUUGGUGCGAUGAACCUCGCAAGUUUAGCGAAUUGCAUAUUCAGGAAGUGGCCACAUUACAGGACAUACUUCUUUGCCACGAUUUGUAUACUAGUUUCUGCCAAUUUCUUGCUAUUUUCUCCAAUAAUUUACGGAAAUCCACUUUUGAAGAGUACUGAUAACUAUUUAAUAUGGAGAAACGAAUGGUUAUGGGGUCCGCAAGAGCCUGUUCAAUAUUUCGGAGAAGAAAUGUUCAAUACAACAAUUCAAUACGGAUCUCUAAGAAGGAAGUUCUUUUAA